UUGCCAAAACGCUAGGCAGCAACGAGAAGCGAACGUCACUGGCCGCAUCAGUCGACAUCAAAUGAUGAAACUGUGCUCAUCUCGCAGCAACUGCACUCUGUUGAAUGUUGUGAUCGAUCAACGACUUAGAAUUGACACCUGUCGAUAUCUAAUGGAAAUUCAGUCGCGUCGUCUAGCGGGAGAAUAGAACAAAAUUCUUACACAAAAAAGUUGCGUUUGUCAAUUGACGUCAGCGUUCACCUCGCCGAAAAUUGAAUUAAAAAUUUAACGGCUUCGCAUACAACAAAUAGCGAGCACAAAACAAUUGUGAAAAAUAACAAAAAAUAA